AUGCGAACUAAGCAUAGUUUGGAUAUACAUUCAUAUUUACAAUCAAGAGAUACCUUCGUAUACAUACACCACCAUCAACCUGUAUAGCGCCACCAACACCCCAGGAUGGCAACACACCUUUUGUACCCAGGCCUCCCACAAGAGGUAACCGACCAGAUCUUCAAAUAUGUCUUUGGCGGCACCCUCCGAGAAGCAGACUUCAAACACCCGCCCACGCCAGACCACUUCGUCAUCAACCACGCAUGGUACAACACCGUCGCGCGCUUCCGCUACCUCAAAUUCGAAUACUUCAGCGAGCCCGACGUCGCACCCCUCUGGGAGUUCCUGAGAGCGCUCGUCGAGAACCCCGGACAUAGAGUCCAUGUCAAGCAUCUGACGUUCUCGACGAUUUAUCUGUAUCGGGAGUUCCCCCCGCACCAGCUGCCAAGGAUGUUUGGGACGAUUUGGAUGUUUGGGCCGCAGAGAUUCCGCGCGCGCCGGGACCCUGCGCAGGAUGCCGUCUUGCAACCGGGCCAGCUGGAGCCGCAAGGCCCGCACCAGGUCUGGCAGUGGCUGCAGGCCGGGUAUCUGAACCAGCGCGGGGAAGUCCGCGCCGAGUUCGUAGAGGAGAUUCGCCAAUGGCACGGACAAGCGCUGUACAAGCAGCAUCGGUCGUGGUUUGAGCGUGCCAUGCGCGCGGUGGGCUUCCACAAGGGUUCCGGGGAUCUAUUUCGGCAUGCGUCGCGGGUUCUGAGCCAAGGCGUCCUCGCGGCCGGGUACCAGUGUCCGCUGAUUGCGGUGAUAUUGGCGUACUGUCCGAAUCUGGUUCAUCUGUUCCUCCACGUGUGGCACACCGAGGAUGAUCGGUUCCUUGAUCGGAUCAUGAAUUAUGCGACGGUGCGCGGCGGCAUGUGGCGCUCGCUUGCGGGACUGACCCCCGACGAUACGGAUCCCCCGCUGGGCAAGGUCGAGACGCUCACUGCUGCGGCGAGAAAGGUCAGACACUUCCAGGGCCCACUGGGAGACCACGACGGCUUUCGACCCAUUUUUGACGGCCACCAGUACCCGUUUGUGGUCGACGCCACCAAACGGCCCUACUGGCGUCUGCCGAAGCUGGUGGAUUUCACGGGCAUCAGUGUCACGGGCGACGACAGCCUCGCGCACCUCGACUCCGCCAGCAGCAUCCGCCACCUGACACUAAACUCGCGCAUCAUGUUCCAGCUGCAGCUGGGCUCGUGGCUGCGGUGGUGCACAGAUCUCCGCACGCUGAGCAUCAGACUCCCCGCGGACGAAUUCGGCUCCGUCAGCGAUCCGAGUGAGAAUAAUGGGCCGGACCUGUGGAACGCGCUCUUUGCCGCGUUGGCUCCCUUCACCCAGCAACUCGAGUACCUCGACAUCUACCAGAAGCGCAUCUACCCACAGACCGACACAUUCGACAACUGGUUUGACCAUGAGAAACCGUGCUGCCCGCCGCUGGCGACCUUCACCGCGCUGCGCCAACUCAACAUCCCCGUGACGAUCCUCGCGGGCUGGCAAUGCAUCCACACGGACGGGGCCCGCUUCGCCACGCACCUGCCGCCAAACAUCGAGACGCUGGGCGUCUACACCGAGGACCCGCAGACGUUGACCGAGCAGAUGCACCCGGCGGUGAUCUACAACGAGCUGGUGGGCAUGGUGCGGUGCGCAGCGGCCAACGGGCUCGCGUGCCUGGUCUGGGACACGUCUCACGCACUGGUGCACAGGCUGCCGGAGGAGCCCAUGCUCGAUGAGGCGCAGAGGUUGAAUCUGUACGUUGAGUAUGGCGACGCGCGCGACGUGCUGCUUUGUGCGGGGGGCGAGACUCUCGCCGCGGUGUCCAUCCAGGAUGGAUCGGUCAUGCCGAGCAGGAGGGCGCAGGAGAGGAAGAAUAGGCGCUUUGCUGAAGUUAUUCCCGAGGGGCUGCAGGUUCAUGGCCUUCGCGGGCGGAUGCGCCAUGUUCGCCAGCGGGCCCAGACGGUCCCAGCUCCGGCUCCGGCUCUUCCGGCUCCGGCUGCAGAUGACGAUGAUCCUAUGGACAUUGACAAGUGA